AUGGUGCGCGGCGCGGGGACGACCCGCGCCUUUGUCCGCGCCCUCAGCGGCCGGUGGGCGGCGGCCGGUGGCCACGGCGAGCCGUCCUGCUGCACGCUCCCCACCAGCGCUCUCCUGAACCGUAAUGGCAAAGUUCGGCUGAAUCCCAGCAGCGCUCCGACUGACCUAAACGGCAGCAUGGUCACCGUGAGGAGGCUGCUCAGCACCUCGCAGUCGUCAGUGGAUCCAAAGGAAUUGAGGAAAUUCCAGGUCCUGGCACACAGGUGGUGGGACGAGCAAGGAGAGUACUCAGCCCUGCAUUCCAUGAAUGACAUCAGAGUGCCGUUUAUUAGAGACACUGUGCUGAACAUGGGCAGCACCUACCAGCAGGGAAGCCCACUUUCUGGGAUCAAGAUUCUGGAUGUUGGCUGUGGUGGUGGACUGCUGAGUGAGCCUCUAGGUAGACUGGGAGCUUCAGUUACUGGAAUUGAUCCUCUGGAAGAAAACAUCAGAGCGGCGGAUCAGCACAAGUCAUUUGAUCCAGUUCUGGCCAAGAGAAUACAGUACAAGUCUAGCUCACUGGAGGAGAUUGUGGAGGAGUCUGUGGAAAUGUUUGAUGUAAUUGUAGCUUCUGAAGUCGUGGAGCAUGUGGCUGACCUUGAAAUGUUUAUCAAGUGUUGCUGUCAGGUGUUAAAGCCUGGAGGUUCUUUGUUCAUUACUACAAUCAAUAAAACUCAGUUGUCCUAUAUCCUGGGAAUUGUGGUUGCAGAAAAAAUAGCAGGCAUUGUACCAGAAGGAACACAUGACUGGGAGAAGUUUGUUUCCCCAGAGGAGCUGGAGCGCCUCUUGGAAGCGAAUGGCUUCUCUGUCAAGGCUGUGAAUGGGAUGCUGUACAACCCCCUCACCGGGUCCUGGAGCUGGAUUGAAAGCACAAGCAUUAACUAUGCCCUGCACGCUGUGAAAUCCGGGGGUCAGGCACAGACAAGCCAAACAGAGCCUCUCUCAGAGAUGGAAAGCGAACAGUGCUCGGCCACAGCUGGCACCAGCGUGUGACCAGCUGAGAUACAUGCUGAUGGACUGCCACCAGGAACAGAAAAGGUUUUAGACAGGCACAAUAAAGCCUUUUGUAACAACAA